CAGGCAGUUCAUCUUCGCCAUCACGUUGCUUGUAUUAGUAGAUCUUGGUUUCUUUUCCUCAUUUCACCCUCAUGGUCACUCCUUUCUCUUCGACCCCGACCUUUCUGUAACAACACACCAGUCCAAGAUGACAGAUAAACUCCCACCCAACCUGCUAGCUCUCUUCCAGCCGCGACCUCCUCUUCGCUACAUUCCUCCUCAGGACACUGCUCCCGAAGAGCGAGCUGUGAAGACGUCACAGUUGUCUGGCAUUGCAGCGUUCCUCCCUCAAUUCCAAGACUACAAAGAGACAGACGAGUAUCACCCCACAGAGUCAUGGCUGCAACAACGCGAUCGGAAACGAUUGGAGAAACAGAAAUGGCUGGAGCAGAUGAAGAAUGAGAACUUUCCAGAUUACAAGCCAAGCGAAGACCCAAAGAUCAAAGGUGAUGCUGAGAAGACUCUGUUCGUAAGCCGCCUCAGUUACGACAUCAAAGAAUCAGACUUGGAACGUGAGUUUGGAAGGUUUGGUCCCAUCGAACGGAUACGAAUCGUCAAGGAUGAGACGAAUCCCAAACCCAAAAAGCCGCAUCGUGGUUAUGCCUUUAUCGUCUACGAACGUGAAAAGGAUAUGCGAGCCGCCUACAAAGAAACAGAUGGUCUACGGAUCAAAGAUCGCAGAGUGGUUGUCGAUGUGGAACGUGGCCGAAUGGUACCUGGCUGGAGGCCUCGAAGAUUUGGUGGUGGUUUAGGAGGAAGAGGGUACACAAAACAAGCACCUGCCAAACCUACCUUUGGAGCACCUCAAGGUGGCUAUGGAGGAGGUUUCCGCGGUGGUUUUGGAGGUCGGGGUGGUUUCCGAGGGGGCUUCCGUGGCGAUCGAGGUGGCUAUGGUGGACGAGGUGGCAUUGGCUACCAGGGUGGCGGUGGAUUCGGUGGUCGACAAGGAGGUUAUUCGAAUGGACCUCCACCGCCAAAUGCGCCCAGUGGUCCUGGUGGUCGCAGUGGUUAUGGCGGAGGUUACGAAGAUCGUCGCAAUGGAUACGGAGGUGAUCGGGGCGGCUCAGGAGGCAAUCACGAGCCCCUUGGUGGUCGCGACCGUGGGUACGACCGUGAUCGUGAACGAGAUCGACACCGAGAUCGCGACCGCGACCGUGAUCGAUACGGUGGUGGAAGAAGAGAUGACGACUACAGCUCGAGAAAGCGACACCAUGACAACGACGGCCACGACGAUCCGAGACAGAGACGGCGUUACUGAAGACCCUUACAACUACAAAGUGUCUGUUGCCACACUCACACUCCGGUUGGUUGGUGGGUAUUUUAUGCUGCUUGUAUUCAUACCAUAUUCCUCGGUCUACAAAUUCGCUUCACGGCCAUGGUAAGAAGCCAUGAAACCCUCAGUGCCGCGUCUCACAGAGAGCCAGCUGCCAACGUUGUUGGAGAUCGACCGAACGGUCAGUUUCACUCUGCACUGGUCGCCAUUCAGGUGACCCGCCUCGUAAACUGCUUGUCCGCUGGACUGCUCGUUUCAAGAUGCUGAAACAAAACAUUUCUCCAGCCGCAAUGUACUUGGAAAUCAUCUUACAUAAAGAAAAGCCAACCCCGUUUGUUGGACGAGCUGGAUGUUCCUGGCUCACGAUGGCAGGAAAUGUACCACCGUUUGCUGCGGCCUCGACUUGGACUGGUAAGAGCGCAAGUACUUCUGUAAAAUAGUCUCUAAUGGGUAGGACGAAUCCUUGCAUUUGGUAUCUUGCUUUUAAUAUGUGCAUUAUCCUAGGUGUCACGUAGUGACCAAGAUAUGGCCAGAGGCUGUGCAUGGCAUUAGAUAAUUGAUUUCUGAUAUUGAUUCUAUUGGACUUUGA